CAGGCGACAGUACACACGUUUGAAUGAGCUACUCCGAAAACGACCCGAUUUUGUGAACGAUUAGAUACGAUAUAUAUGUAUAUGUAUAUAUAUUUUAUUACACACCACAUAUGAAAUAUCCAUUGUUAUGUAUACAUAUAAAAGAUGAUCGAUAAAGUCUUUCUUGAAGUGGAUAAAAUAAUUAUCAGUAAUUUCUAGGUGGUUUCAGAUCAAUCUUCCGCUUCAUUUCACUGUUUUUCAGGUAUAGCAGCGAAAUCCAAAUUGGAGCGGAUACGGAAGACUUUGAUGUAUAGCAGUAGUAGUACUUCGAAUAUAGACAGUGUAUCUGAAGUGGGAUUUUGGACUUUUGAAGCCACGGGUUUUUCAUCCUCUCUGUUUUUGUAAUGGGAUUUGAGUGAAAGACUGGAAUUUGAUCCGAUUCCCUAUGGGGGAAUCAGCAUUGUUUUUGUCUUCGUAGAGAGAUUCUUCGUUGUGGGCCUAGGCUUUGUGAAGAUGAUGAUAAGUUUCCCAGGCCUUUCCAAGUUGAAAACCAAGCCGGUUGUAUAUCAAGAUGUGCUUUUGGCUAGUGAUCCAGGCACCCUUGAACAACUCAAAGAGUUGAGCUCCAAGCGUAAAGCAAUCGAGGUGUCUAUUAAUGAGAGCAGCUCUGUUACAGAGGCUAUUGCAAGGGAAAUGUCUGGAGGUCUGACAUCCCGUUGUGAACAGGACAUUCAGAAGUUGGAACGCUAUUUGCCUUUAUUGGAGAACCUGGUUCACCACGUCAAUUUGAAUAGAAAAAGCGGACGAAUGAUUUUCUGGAUCUCAGGACUCAAUGUAAGAUGGAGUAGUGUGCUUACCCCGUCUUCUAUUUUUCACCUCCAAGGUCCAAAGUUCUAUCAGGUCAACGAUAUGUAUUUUGAGCUUGGGAUGACCCUUUUCCUUUAUGGUGCAUUACUUUGUGAGCAAGCUCUGGAAGUUGUGACAUCAGAUCUGGUUCAAUCUGCCACCCUUUUCAGAAAAGCUGCUGGAUUAUAUAACUAUUUAGCUCAGGAAGUUCUUACUAGUUUACCUUCUAACCAAGUGAGGCCACCAGAAGCUACACCUAGUGUGUCUUCUAUCAUGAGCCUCAUUUGCUUGGCAAAGGCCCAGGCUGUAGCUGCAAGGAAGGCUGAAAAAAAUGGUAAAACAGAAGGCCUUUUAGCAAAAUUGCACUGGGGCAUUGUAGAAUUUCUGGUUGAAGCUCUUAAUAUGUGGCAAGUUGCGACAAAAGAAUGCAAGGAUAUUUCAUCCCGCCUUCUGGAUUUUAUACUUGGUUGCAAAACUCUACAUGAGUUGAUGAGUUACAAGUACCUCGCUGGAAGCCUAAAAAAUGAUGGUAAAAUUGGUAUUGCUGUCGGAGUUCUUCGUUUGGCUUUAGCAAAUGCAAAGAAAAACGUACCAAAAGAAGAGUCGUGGACAUCAAUCUAUAAGCACAUGAUCGAUGAGUUAACUUGUCUGCUGCGGAAAUAUGAACAUGAGAAUGAAUUUGUCUGGCGUGAAAAGGUCCCUUGGAAUGAUGAAUUGCCUUUCCCUGAAGGUGUAAAAAUCGUCACUCUCAUUCCUUAUCAUCCCAAAAGAUGGGAAAGAACACUUGUUUUCAAAUUGUGAAGUGUGCGAAAUCUGUACAGUGGACUGUGGGGAGGAAGCUUUCGUAUCGAGCUCUCCAGGCUUUUCUCUACAAGAUUGCUGUGUAUAUUCAACUUUAUCAUGGAAAGUCUACUAUUUUUUAUGCAGUUAAAGAGGGUUGGACUGGUUU